GAGUUGAGCGUGGUGAGGGAGAGUUGAAGUUCCCGCCAUUUAUAGGGUUCUAUAUGAGAAUAAGUCGUCAUUAGUAAAUUUUUCAAUUAGAGCGAUGUUGUGGGUCGACAAAUACCGUCCCAAAACCCUAGACCAUGUUUUGGUUCACGAAGAUGUCGCCCAAAACCUCAAGAAGCUUGUUACUGAGCAGGACUGCCCGCAUUUGCUCUUUUACGGCCCAUCUGGGUCGGGCAAAAAAACCCUAAUCAUGGCCGUCAUCCGCCAGAUGUUCGGAGCAAGUGCUGAGAAGGUGAAGGUUGAAAAUAGAACUUGGAAAGUUGAUGCUGGAAGUAGAACUAUUGAUUUGGAACUGACAACUUUGUCAAGCACCAACCAUGUGGAACUGAAUCCCAGUGAUGCAGGAUUUCAGGACAGAUAUAUUGUUCAAGAGAUAAUUAAAGAGAUGGCUAAGAAUAGACCAAUCGACACAAAGGGAAGAAAAGGAUACAAAGUUUUGGUGCUCAAUGAAGUUGAUAAACUUUCAAGAGAAGCACAAAAUUCUCUUCGAAGAACAAUGGAGAAGUACAGUGCUUAUUGUCGGCUAAUUUUAUGCUGUAACAGUUCUUCAAAAGUUAGUGAAGCCAUCAGGUCUCGCUGUCUGAAUGUGAGAAUCAAUGCACCAUCAGAAGAACAGAUUGUUAAGGUACUUGAUUUCAUUGGUAAAAAAGAAGGCCUACAAAUUCCGUCUGGAUUUGCUGCUCGUUUAGCUGAAAAAUCAAAUCGGAGUUUAAGGAGAGCUAUAUUGUCAUUUGAAACUUGCCGUGUUCAACAAUAUCCUUUUACUAGUAACCAAACAAUUCCACCAAUGGAUUGGGAGGAAUAUAUUUCUGAAAUUGCGUCUGACAUAAUGAAAGAGCAAAGCCCAAAAAGGCUUCAUCAGGUUCGGCUUAAAAUCUAUGAACUACUUGUCAAUUGUAUACCUCCGGAGAUCAUCUUGAAGGUAAAUACUUUCCAUUUUAUUGCUUGCUACAAAUUUUUAUCCAUUUUUAUUCAACUUUUGGUGUUGCAUCAGAGGCUGCUUUAUGAGUUACUGAGGAAAUUAGACGCAGAAUUGAAGCACGAGGUCUGCCACUGGGCAGCAUAUUAUGAACACAGAAUGCGACUUGGACAAAAAGCUAUAUUUCACAUUGAAGCAUUUGUGGCCAAGUUCAUGAGCAUUUACAAGUCUUUUCUUAUUGCAACAUUCGGCUGAGUAAUCGGAUGUAGAAGUGUGUCGGAAAGGUUUUGUAACUAACAUUUUUACUCGAUUCCAUUGUCCUAGACUCUUUACGAUGUCGUGCAAGGUGGCAAUAAGGUCCUGAUGAGUACUCUUGUUUAAUUGUGAAAAGGAUGUGUUAAACCUAUUUUCAACGAGGAAAGAUCUGAACAGUAUGUUCCGUUUUGGAAA